AUGACACCUAAAUCGCAAUUGAAAUCGCUUUGUACGGCAAAUAAUUAUGAGAAGCCAUCGUAUAGUGUAGUAGACAAGCGUGAGGAGGACGGCGGCGGCGGCUAUCGUAAAGUCUAUAAAGUACGGGUCAGUGUCGACGGUUUUGUCGACCUGUACGGCGAAGGUAUGUCCCGUCGAUUGGCCGAACAACGUGCGGCCGAAAAUGCACUGAAAGAGAUCGACGAAGUACGGGAAGUGCAGCGUAAGGCCAGGGAACGUAUGGACAGCCAGUUGUUGAAAUCGACCGAUAAAAGUGCCGAAAAAAGCGCCGGCGGUUCCGAUACUACUGUCAGUGGUAGUAGUUGUAAUGGUAGUACAGCUGAUCCGUCAAAUGGUGAUCAAAAAGAGGUUGUCGUCGAAGUUCAUAACAAUGAAGUGGUAGUCAAUAAUAUUGUAGCAGUUGUUGAUAAUAAUGGUAUUAAGUCUAGUGACAGCAAAAUGAAAGCCAAUACUGAUGAUACCGGUGCUGGUGCUGCUAUUACUAGUAAUACUACUUGUGCUGGUGCUGGUCCUGGUGCUGCUACUACUACUAAUACUACUGGUGCUACUACUACUACUGGUGCUGGUACUGGUGCUACUACUAAUACUAAAACUACUAGUGCCGGUGCUGGUGCUGCUACUACUACUAAUACUACUGGUGCUGGUACUGGUGCUGGUGCUGGUACUGGUGCUACUACUACUACUACUACUACUAAUACUAAAACUACUAGUGCUGGUGCUGGUACUGGUGCUACUACUAAUACUAAAACUACUAGUGCCGGUGCUGGUGCUGCUACUACUACUAAUACUACUGGUGCUGGUACUGGUGCUGAUGCUGGUGCUGGUACUGGUGCUACUACUACUACUACUACUACUAAUACUAAAACUACUAGUGCUGGUGCUGGUACUGGUGCUACUACUACUACAACUACUACUAAAACUAAUACAACUACUACUGCUGCGGAAAAUGAAACCAAAGUUGAAAAUAAAGAUAAAUCAACUGAAAGAUCAAAUAGUAAGACACGUAACAGUGUUUCGUCAAUCAGUAGUUAUGACAGUGUUGAUGAAAAUAUGGAUAAUAGUAACAAUGAUACUACCGGUGCCACUAAUAAUAAUAAUGAUAAUAAUCAUAAUAAUGAUGACAGUGGUAUUGUGGUCAACAAUAAUGAUAAUAAUAAGAAUAGUGAUGGGGAUUAUUAG